GACAAUCGAUGUUGCAUGCUGUGUGGCAGUUCUGGUGAUGCUGAGAGUAAUGGACCUGGAAGGUUAUUGGAUAUGCAUGCUGCAGUAUGGGUACAUUGCAACUGUUCGUUGUGGUCGCAUGAUGUUUACGAAACACUUGAUGGCACACUGGUCGGCUCCAAACGACACAUAAACAGCAUGAAACACACGGGUUUCUGUGCUGUGUGCGCUCGUCCUGGAGCCACUGUCGCCUGUUUUCUGCCAAGUUGUGGCCAAUCUUUCCAUCUGAUAUGUGCAAGGAAGCAAGGAAUGUGUUUCCUAGAAAAUAAGACAACAUAUUGCAAGCACCACUGUCCUCGUCACUUAUUGGGCACCAUGAUUCACGAUCUGUCAAUUAAACGACGAAUCUGCUGCGAACGCAAUGAAAUCAAACAAGUUGCCAGGAUGCUGAAGGAAGAUGAACCAGAGAACUAUUUCAUUCGCAUUGGAAGUCUGUUGGUCAAUAACAUUGGUCACUUGCUGCCUCAGCACGUCCAAACUUUCAAAUUCAACACAGAUGUCAAUAUCUAUCCAGUCGGAUUCAAGAGCACUCGUUUUUAUUGGAGCUACAGAAACUUGCACCAGAGAUGCCAGUAUCAUUGUUCCAUUGAAGAGUGUAGUGGCGAGCCUCUCUUCAAGGUGAAGGUCGUUGAGCACGGGGAAGAAAAUGUCACAUUCGAAAGCAACACCUGCACAGGCGCCUGGAAAGAUAUUUUAGACCAUUUGGUUGAGUUAAGAAGGCGCCAUGGUUUGGCGCAUCUUUUCAGGCAGUAUAUCACUGGUGAAGAUCUUUUUGGUCUCAAUGAGCCGGCAAUAAGAAAAGUUAUUGAGUCGCUGCCAGGUGUGGAACUGAUGACAAAUGUCCAGAUGAGGUAUGGGAAGUCAUCCAUCUACGUCCUUCCAUUGGCAGUCAAUCCAUCUGGUUGUGUGAGGACCGAACCCAAGUCUAGAACCUUCUUUAAAAGGUUUCCAUCUGCUUCUCAUAAUUUCAAUGCGGGUGGGUCAUCGGAAAAGUCCACUUGGAUGGGGUCAGGGGAGUUCAGCAUUACUCAGUAUAUGAAACAAUUCACUGCUACAAAAAGUCAACGUUAUCGUAGUUUGAGAACUGAAUGGAGAAAUAAUGUAUAUCUCAGGAGAUCCAACAUUCAAGGUCUGGGCUUGUUUGCAGCCAGAGAAUUGGAACAGUUUACAAUGGUCAUCGAGUACAUUGGGGAGAUCAUUAGGAACGAAAUUGCCGAAAUCAGAGAGAAGGUCUACGAGCAGCAGAAUCGUGGAGUGUACAUGUUCCGUUUGGAUGAGAACAAGGUGGUCGAUGCCACGAUGGCAGGCGGUCCAGCCAGGUAUAUCAACCAUUCAUGUGAUCCGAACUGCUUCACCGAAGUUGUCGCCACUGAGAAGGGUGAAAAAAUUAUCAUCAUCGCCAAAAGGAAGAUACGCAGUGGAGAAGAGCUCUCGUACGACUACAAGUUCAAUUUUGAAGAUGAAAAGAGCAAAAUUCCAUGUCUCUGUGGAGCAGCUAAGUGCAUGAAGUGGAUGAAUUGAUGAUGUGAUGAAUUAGUGAUGUGGAUGGAUUUGUGAUGCAGUUCAACCGAGGACGUAGAUUAAUAAAUAGAUUUUAUGAAUUGAUAGCUUGGAAGAACGUUGAAAAUUGAAAGUUGAAAAUUAGCGCCACUUAGCAUUUUAAAUAAAAUUAAAUUUAAAAAAAAGCAACUUAUACGAGACGGUAUCAAUUAGACUUCAUUUAUCCACGUCACGUAUGUAGGCCCCUGUAGUGUGCUCAAAAUAUUGUACAGCUUGUAUGUACAAGAGCAAAUGAUAUUUGAGCAUGAUGCGUCAACGAAGGAAUUUGCUGUGUUCACUGUGAUGUCUGACAUGUCCAUU